AUGGAGGAUUUGGAAGCCCUUUGCAAGAAAUUAUCUUUCUUGUCUACAAAAAAUCAGCUCAAAUGGAAUGGUUCUAAGAACGACCUACUCAGGUUUCUGGCCUUGCAUUUGGAAGUUCAGCCUAAUCAAUUUCGCGCUAGCGACAACGGAACUUGUGCGGUUUUCAAGAUUCAAAACAUCACUUGUAACUUCUACCACAAAGCGAAAACUCUACAAAUUCAAGGAAAAGAAGAUGCAGACAAACUGAGAAAAGAUUUAAUUAAUCUAACUUCAGCUUGGGCACACCCGGUUAGCGAAACGUUGAACGCAUUCCAAGAGAAUCUAGACAACGAUGUUCAAGCGAGAGAGGUGAUAACUACGGGGCUUGUUUCGCCUAGUGAUGGUCCAAUUACAAUUAAUGCUGACAACAGCCUUGGAGGGGAUUUUGCUAAACCUCCUGUUUCACCCAAUGAAGACGACCUAGCCAAAGCUGAAAAUUUUAUUGAUAACGCAUACGUGGAAGUCAUUUUGGAUGCUAACAAAUCUCAAUAUUCAAAUCUGGUCAAAGAUGUCGAAGCUGAUUACGACAGUCAAUUAACUCAAUUGUCGCUGUUGUUAAAAGAAGUGUCUAACGAACUAAUUGAUCUGAAACUUCUCAUGCAGCUUUACUAG